AUUUUGUCAGAUUACCUUCCGUUCGGCAUAAAUAUAUGAUCAAGCAAUCAGCCCAUGGUGACAUGCGCUGUUGACCGCAUCGGCCUUGACCAUACGGCCAAGUCUUGCCCAAACGGACCUAGACCAUCAACAUGGAUGGACUCGAUUUCGACACUGCCCCGGCUGAAUUCCAGAAGGUGCGGUGGAUAGUGGAGAAGCCACUCAUCUUUGCCGGGGUUGGAUGGACACUGAACUACUUCUUCACUAUCCGCAAAGCAUACCAGGACCGCAUGUCUGGUGUCUCGCUGAUAGCUUUAUCCAACAACCUGGCUUGGGAGAUUGCUUUCGCUCUGAUCAAUCCACCACCUAAUCCUUUCGCGAGGGUCAACUAUCCUCUGUGGUUGUUUAUCAAUGCUUUCGUUCUAUAUGCCACCGUCAAGUUCGAGAGGGAGUCUGGUUCCCAUUCGCCAUUCAUGCGGAGACACCUACCCUUUAUUGUCCUCAUUAGCAUUCUAGGCAUGUUGUCCGGACAUCUCGCCUUCUCGUCCCAUGUCGGUCCAUUGGCAGCUCUCUUCUGGGGCGGGAUGCUUUGUCAAGUGACGCUCAGCGCAAGUGCAUUGGGCCUCCUUCUUCAGCGUGGCCAUACGCGAGGCAUGUCAUAUAAGAUGUGGCUCACCCGGUUUAUUGCCUCCGGAGUCACGGUACCAGGGCUGUUCGUCAGAGCCGCUUACUGGCCUGCAAAAUGGGACUGGGUCGACAAUGUUCUCAUGUACUGGCUUGUGGGAGCUUUCUAUUGCUUGGAUAUAACGUAUGGGGUGUGUUUGUGGUAUUUCCGGAGGGUCGAACGGAUGUCAUCUCGAGCCAAGCAGCGAUAG